GAGCUUCUUACUUCAUUAGAUGGUGAAGCAUUGCAUAAAUAUGUUUGCCAAGGUUGUUCUUCUCGGUGUUCUCGCAUUCUUAGCGUCUGUUGCCUACGCUCUACCGCCACCGGUUGAUGAGCAAAAACCUUUUGAUUGUCCCGAAAAUGAAAAAUAUUACAAAUGCAGCCCGCACUUCUGCUGGACGACAUGUGAUCACCUCCUUAACCCUCCACCCUGUCCCCAACAACAAGCAGAGAACUGCUAUGAGCCCGUUUGUGAAUGUAUUGACAAUUAUUUACGCGAUGGAGAGGGCAAAUGCAUACCUGAAUAUGAAUGCCCGAAACAGCUUAUCCCAUUAUAAAUCUAUGGGACGGGAGAUGUAACAUAAAGGACAACAGUUUAAUUAUCGUAUCGUCAACUCUGUUAAAAUCAACCAAGAAUAACUCGUAUACAUCGAUAUUAUUAUAUUUUAUUAACUUAGGACCAAGGCGCAAUUAUAAUUAAAAUUAAAAUGCU